UAAGGCCGCCUCGCGCCAUCAAUUGAACUGGCAGCUGAUGAUCAGCUUCUCUAGCUUCCUUCAACGAUGACUGCGUUCCCGCCCUGGUCGCGCCGGAUCUUUCACCCCGCUCCCACUCUUCUAAUAGGCGCGAUGAUAAACCGAUGUCUGUCGGCGCCGUAUAAGAAGGGCCGCAUGGGACAUCGAGUCAAUAGCAAAGUAUUCCCGCCCUUCCAUCGCAUAGACUCACAGUAACUCGCCUAGACAUGCACUAUCACCUCAACUCAUCCUCUAUCACCUCUCAUG